AUGGACAACUUAAGAGGCAAGGUGGUAUUCGUCGCCGGCGGCUCGACCGGACUAGGCAAAGCCAUCGCCAUGAGCGUGGCCGCCAGGGGGGCCGACGUCACCAUCUUUGCUCGGAGACAGGCGGUGCUCGAUAAGGCGCAAACCGACAUCGUCGAGGCGGCCGCCCAUCCGGACCAACAAGUGCGCGCGGUGUCGCUGGACCUGUCCGAUGCCUCGCAGGCGAGUCUUCCAGACACAUCCCGUCUCUUCCAUGUGUCUGUUGUUUCUAACCCUGUUUGGCAGUGUGAGCACGUCUUUGGGGUCCAGCCGCGGCUCCCCGAUGUCUUGUACUGCGUCGCCGGCGGCUGCGUCUCCGAGCUGGGCUUCUUCAUCGACCUCCCCGCCGCCGCCCUCGAGAGCUGCAUGCGGAAGAACUACCUCACCAGCGCCUAUCCCGCCCACGCGCUGCUCCGGCUCUGGACGCGCGACGACCGUCGUCAGGGCCAGCCCUCGUCGGCGCGGCCAAAGCUGCGGCAGCUGGUCUUCAUCAGCAGCGCCGCUGCCUUUGCCAACGUCCCCGGCUACGCGGCCUACACACCCGCAAAAUGCGCUCAGCGCGCGCUGGCCGACACGUUGCGCCAAGAGGCCGUGGCUUACUCGAACGCAGCGUCCAGUUACACGGUACACUGUGCCUUCCCGGCCACGGUGCUCACCGACACGUUCUUCGAGGAGCAGAGGGGCAAACCGGCGCUCACGAAGCGGAUCGAGUCAACGGACGCCACGGCGGACAAGCUGCGGGCCAAGUACCCGUCGGCGCGGGACGUAGGCGAGGCCAUCGUGUGCGCCUCCGUUGACUGCCGGGGCGCCGGCGCCGGCGCCAGCGACUUUUGCAUCUGCACCGACUUCGAUACCUCGGUCCUGUGGAGCGGCAUGGUCGGGCCGAGCACCAAGAGGGGCUGGGGCCUGGUCGACUCCUUCUUGGCCCUGGUCUCGGGCCUCGUCGUGUGGCCCCUCCUACGACGGUCCUGGAACCGUAUGUGUGCGGAGGCCGGCGCGUCUGGCGAGGCGGGAAAGACCUAA